UUCACCAGUUCAGUUAUGGUAAUUUUCCGGGUAGAAACAAUUUUCUAUAUGAGUGGUUCCUCUAUUCACAUGCCCUUUUUAUAGAGCUAUUCCGUUCUAUAUAUGGGUUCCUGAUUUGCCGCCUUUACUAAGUGAAAGUGAGAUCAAAACAGCCUUUGUAAGCAAUAGGAACGCCUAGAUGAGAGGAAGGGGACCUUUUACAGUGUGGCGCACAUUUGGUGGUUGCUACGGUGGCAGUUACCUCAGAACUAAAAUAUGGCUGGACAAAUAUCAGAAUCAGAUCAGAUCAAGCAGUUUAAGGAAUUUCUUGGAACAUACAACAAACUAACAGAAACCUGCUUCCUAGAUUGUGUGAAAGAUUUCACUAGCCGAGAAGUGAAGCCAGAAGAAAUAACUUGUUCAGAACACUGUUUACAGAAGUAUUUAAAAAUGACCCAGAGGAUAUCUAUGAGAUUUCAGGAGUAUCAUAUUCAGCAGAACGAAGCAUUGGCUGCCAAAGCAGGACUUCUCAGCCAGCCCCGUUAGAAAACAGCAGAUUGUCCCACAUGAAGGAGUGCCAGCAUUGCCUAUACUACAAGUGAGAAUGCCUGGUGUCUAGUGCUAUUCUAGCAACACCUACCACCAGCUGAAAAUAGGAUUGCUUAAAGAAUGAUUCAGUUGUCUCGAAAUAUCUGGUCUACAGUUGGGAUUGAACAGCCAUGGAGUUUAUGGAGCUUUUUUCAAGAUUGUCUUUUACUGUAAUGCAGGAAUAAUGUUGAUUCCAUCUUUUCUGGAAAGAUGGGUUGGUUCUACAUGUUAAUCGGUUACAGAUAAAGAACGAAAACAUAUCUUAUUUUUUAUUGUUUCUAAUACAGUGAUUAUUCAUUUUAAAAGAAAAAUCUGUUGUCCAAAAUUAUAUGUAAAAGUGUCUAAAACAAGCUUUAUUUUUUAUUUAAUCAAAGUAAAAGAG